AUGGUGCCCAGCUUUCUGUCCCCGAGCUUCUCCCGACUGAGCCUAUGGGUGUCUGGAGUGAUCUUGGUCAUCGGCUUCCUCAAGCUCCUUCGCCUGCUGCUGCGGAGACAGAAGUUGGCCAGGGCUAUGGAAAGCUUCUCAGGGCCCCCCACCCACUGGCUCUUUGGGCAUGCUCUUCAGGCUAAGCAGACAGACUUCCUGGAAAGGGUGGUAUCCUGGGCCCACCAGUUCCCUUAUGCCCACCAACUCUGGUUUGGACAGUUCCUUGGCUUCCUGAACAUCUAUGAACCUGACUAUGCCAAAGCUGUGUACAGCCGUGGGGACCCUAAGGCCCCGGAUGUGUACGAUUUCUUUCUCCAGUGGAUUGGGGAAGGCCUGCUGGUUCUUCAUGGGCCCAAGUGGUUCCAGCACCGCAAGCUGCUCACACCUGGCUUCCAUUAUGAUGUGCUGAAGCCUUACGUGGCUGUGUUUGCUGAAUGCACACAUGCCAUGCUGGACAAAUGGGAGAAAAAGGCUCUUGAGGAUAAGAGCUUUGACAUCUUCUGUGAUGUGGGCCACAUGGCACUGGAUACACUCAUGAAAUGCACCUUUGGUAAAGGAGAGAAAGGCCUGUGCCAAAGGGACAACAACUACUACUUGGCAGUUAGUGACCUCACACUACUGAUGCAGCAGCGCAUCGAGUCCUUCCAGUACCACAACGACUUCAUUUACUGGCUCACCCCACAUGGCCGCCGCUUCCUGCGGGCCUGCAAGAUGGCCCAUGACCAUACAGACCAGGUCAUCAGGAAGCGGAAGGAAGUCCUGAAGGAUGAGAAGGAGCAGGAGAAGAUUCAGAAAAGGAAACACCUGGACUUCCUGGAUAUUCUCUUGGAAGCACGGGAUGAAAAUGGGCUCAGGCUAUCAGACACAGACAUCCGGGCUGAAGUGGACACAUUCAUGUUUGAAGGCCAUGACACCACCACCAGUGGCAUCUCCUGGUUUCUCUACUGCAUGGCUCUAUACCCUGAGCAUCAGCAGCGCUGUAGAGAGGAGGUCCGUGAGAUCCUAGGGGACAAGGACUCCUUCCAGUGGGAUGAUCUGGGCAAGAUGACCUACCUGACUAUGUGCAUCAAGGAGAGCUUCCGUCUCUACCCACCUGUGCCCCAGGUGUACCGCCAGCUUAGCAAGCCUGUCAACUUUGUGGAUGGUCGCUCACUGCCUGCAGGCAGCCUGAUCUCUCUGCACAUCUAUGCCCUCCAUAGGAACAGCGCAGUGUGGCCUGACCCUGAGGUUUUUGAUCCCCUGCGCUUUUCCCCUGAAAAUAUGUCUGGACGCCACCCCUUCGCCUUCAUGCCCUUCUCAGCUGGGCCCAGGAAUUGCAUCGGACAGCAGUUUGCCAUGAAUGAGAUGAAGGUGGUCACGGCCCUCUGUUUGCACCGCUUUGAGUUCUCUCUGGAUCCCUCGCGGGUGCCCAUCAAGAUGCCCCAGCUGAUCUUGCGCUCCAAGAAUGGUAUCCAUCUCCACCUGAAGUCUCUGGGCCGUGGGCCUGGGAAGUAGCUCUAUAGAGAACCAGGAACCAGAUAACCCUGGCAGUGGGCUCUCCCCGGACACUGCCUUCUGAGUUGGAUGUGGAGUGGUUGAGGCUCUCUGGCUUCUGGAGGCUUGUAAUUUGGAAGGGGAAUAGGCACUAACAUAGACAGCUUCCUAGAGGAGAGUGCCACAUCAACAUGUAUGUAUAAAUGCUUGUUAUGCAUGUA